UGCUGAGUCAGCAAAAACGAAAAGCUGAGACCACGCCCCAUUUGGUUCAAACACUUAGCAGUUGGAAUCAUUCCAAGAUCUAUCCUGUGUCUAGCUGCUUUCGAAAAGGAGGAGGAGGAGGAGAUCCUCAAGAUCCAGAUCAGAGCAACUGAGAAAAUGAAACGAAUGAGAGACACGGACAGUCCAACGGGGGUUCAAUCUACCAAGGCACCAAAGAUGGAUUACAGUAAUGUGGUUCAGAGGAUGAUGGCUUCAAUGGGGUACAAGCCUGGAGCUGGCCUCGGGAAAGAAGGUGGAGGUAUCACCCAGCCCAUAGAGGACUCUGCUCACAAGGGGAGACGUGGGUUUGGAUUCUCUCUUAUAGGUUUAGAGAAGGAAGGAGUAGAUUGGGAGCCGGAAGAGCUUAACUGUGAUCAAAAACCUGUGUGGUUAGUACCUUCACUUGAACCUGUCCCUACAAUUGAAGAUAUGGAAUCAUGGUUGACGAUUGGGGUGAAAAAGAACACUGUUGCCGAUGAAACUCAUUUCUGUGACAGUAAUAUCCUGCAGCAAAUUUUGGUUUCUAAAAGUGUAUUUGACGAUUUGUCAACAAAGGAGUUUUUAGAUGCCCGACUACGAUCCAAUCCAUACGAGACCAUCAAGGGAGCUAUCUUUCAAAACAGAGCUGGCAUGAAAAUGGCCAACAUUGAUGCAGCGUUUGAUUGGAUGUUUACAAAUCCAAGAUCCACUGAUGGGAAACCUGUUCUUUCUUCCAUGGAUAUUUUGUACUAUGCUGAUGUCUGUGCUGGACCUGGUGGUUUCUCUGAAUAUGUUCUAUGGAAGAAAAAGUGGAGAGCUAAAGGUUUUGGCUUCACUUUGAAAGAUCCAGCGGGUGGCUCUGAUUUCAAAUUGGACCAGUUCCUAUCUGCUCCAUGUGAGACCUUCGACCCUCAUUACGGUGUUGAUGGUUAUGACGGUGAUGGUGACAUAACGAGACCGGACAAUUUGGAAGCGUUCAAACAUUAUGUGCUGGAUAUUACCAAUGGGCAAGGUGUUCACUUCGUUAUGGCUGAUGGAGGUAUCUCUGUCGAAGGGCAAGAAAACGUUCAGGAGUUGCUUACCAAACAGCUUGUCUUGUGUCAGUAUACCUGUGCCCUCUCCAUCUUGGCAACAGGUGGUAACUUUGUGUGCAAGGUGUUUGACAUGUUCACACCAUUCAGUGUUGGACUACUCUAUUUGCUGUAUCGCUGCUUUCACAAGAUCUGUAUAUUCAAGCCUGUUACCAGUCGCCCUGCUAACUCUGAAAGGUAUGUAGUGGGUAUUGGUCUGCGAUCAAACACUCAAUCCGUGUGUGAGUACAUGUUCAGUGUCAACGAGAGACUUCUCCAACUAAGGAAGGAAUACCCUGGGAACGAUGUUCUACAUGUGGUUUCUCCGGAGGUACUUAGUGAAAAGGAGGAAUUUGUGUCAUACAUAACUUCUUUUAACGACAGCUUUGGUAUGAAUCAAAUCUUGAAUUUGCGGAAAAUACAGUCGUUUGUGAACAACAGUGGUCUAUUUGAGACAAGGCAGGCAGAAAUUAGAGCUAGGUGUCUCGAGCUCUGGAAGAUACCUUCUGUGCCUCGCACUGUCCCAUUAGAGAAAAGUGCUCUGGAGCAUUUCAACUGGAUACUACAAGAGUACAGAACGAAAUCAGGUGACGGGUCAGAUCUUUCUGUACUGCUUUCAACAAAUUUUGAAUGUGUUACAAUGGACAAAUUGAGUUUUUUGAAAGAUAUACAUUCUUGGAAGUGGUGCUGGGCGUGUGGCAAAAGAUUCAUGCUAAUUGGUCUUGGGCGUAAUAUGGUGCAAGGAUGGGAUAUGAUGUCAACUAGACCUACAUUCAUGCAAGCACGCAAGGAGUGGCGUGGGCUUGAGCUUCCUAAAGGAACAGUAAUUGAAGUGGAAUGUGUUCCUGAACUCACUGGGGAGGGAAGUGGGCAACUGAAAAGGGACACUGUAUACAUUGUUGAUGUUCUGUCUAUUCACAAUGAAGUAGUUGGUAGCCGACCAUUUAAAGAAAGAGUUCAACUUGCUGAAAACCUGUGCCGAGUAGUAAACAAGCCGUGUAGGAAGAACAGUGUGAUGUUAAAGCCAAAGCCGUAUUACAGGAUUACUAAAGCCACAGAACAGUUCCAUUGUUUGAAAAAGAGGCAGUGCAAAGGGGAGGGUUCUCCAUGUCUAGGGGCUGAUGUAAACGUGGAUUCAUUUGUUGUCGUCAGAGGAAUCAUUUUCCAAAAGCAUGUUAGUGAUCCCUGGCAUCUCCACUUGAGUAGAAGUGGACACUUGUAUUACUACAAUGGUGCCACAAAGGAGAGCACAUACGAUUGCCCAACCACAUCAAUCUCAUCCUACUUAAAUAUGGUUGCUAGAAGAUGUCUGUGGCUUCUUUCCUCUGAUGCUGUGAAAAAUUUCAUGAAGUAUAGCUUAUCCUUAUCUGAAGAAGACGCUGCAAAACACCUAACUCUCGCAUAUUUAAGUGGAGCUAUUGAACAAGCUAUUGAACACCAUGGGCAUUAAAAUUGCUGUUAAUUAAUUUUUAUGUUGAUGA